AUGACCUGGGACACAAUGUUCGAGGAUGCCCUUUCGGCAUUGAAGAAAAGAGACGAUGAACAAGCCAUUCAGCACAUGACCGAAGCCAUUCAAGAGUUGAAGCGAACGCAUUUACUUGCCAUCUUGGACGCGCGUGCCGUUGCGUAUAUCAGAGGAUCAAAAUACGACCUUGCCUUUGAGGAUGCCAAGGAGAUGAUGCAGCAGGCACCCAAAGAAGAAGCAGGAUACCUUCGAGCAGCCAAAGUAUAUGAAGCACAGAGUCGAUUUGUGGAUGCAGUGGGGAUGUACGAGCUUGGAUUGUUCCAUAUCAGUGACAGCGAACGAUUGAAAGAAAGGAAGCUGAUGGUUGAAGAGGAGCUACAGCGACGUGUGGAUUGGGUGUCUUUGUUGCCAGUGGAUGUCAUUGCUUUCAUCAUGGAUCAGCUAUCAAUACACGAUUGUCGCGAGUGUACGCAGGUGUCUCGACAAUGGCGCGAUAAGCUCUCAUCGUGCAUGUAUAUCAAGAACAGACAUGUUCAGCUGGAUGAUUAUGGAAGAGCAGCACCGUUUCUAGGACGACAUGUUCAAUCUUUGGAACUCAAGCACCAUCAAGAUAACAGGAUGAUGAAUCUCGUGAAUGUAUGCUCCAAUCUCAAAGUACUUGUGAUCGAUGAAUGCUUUAUCGGCAUUGAAGACCUGUUGCCAGCACUUGAAUCAGUGGGCCAUAGCUUGCAACAAUUAGCUGUGUGUAACCAUCCAAUGCAUGAUCCUUUUCCUCUCGAUCCCAUACUGCGUGCAUGUCCACAAUUGAAAGCAUUCACUUAUCAUGCGCCACACCACACAUUCUCUCGUCAUGGAUCCUUCCCAGAACUUUCUCUUCAAGCCAACAAUGCCAAUUACCCAGAUCUUGAAUACCUAUCUUGGGACGUCGACCAACGCAUCAUGCCACUACCCAUCGUAUUACAACGAUUUCCACACCUACGCAGCUUGAUCGUUCCUUACAGACUACGCGAGCAUGGUGGUCAACAAAUUGAACUCGAUGUUAUUUCCCGGCAUUGCCCUGAUCUCGAAUACUUGUCCUUUAGCCACAACCUGCUUCAAGAUGAUGAUCCCUUGUUACCCACCGGACCUCUUACUCAUGGUAGUGGUGGUAAAGGACAUUUGAAAGAGUUUCGAUUUGGCGAUCUUGAAGGAUACGAUGGAGUGGAUAUGGUGAACUUGCUUAGGACAUGCCAAGAGCAUAUUGAAAUAGUGAGGAUGGGUGGCCAUGCACGACCAGGCAAUCCAAUGGGCCGAUGGGAUGAUCUUGCCUCACUACGAUGUGAACAGCUACGUGUCCUUGAGCUGACCAUUGCAUGCGAAACGGAUGAGCUGGUGCGAUUCUUACAGCACACGCCGUGUCUUGAACAAGUGAUACUCAAUGGCAUGACUCAACUACGCAACAGCGUGCUUGGUGUAUUACAGCACCGAAUCCAUUUGAAGCAUGUCGCUUUCUAUGAAUGUUAUGGCUUUUCAGAGGCUGGGAUGUGCGAGUUUUUUGGAACAACACAAGCCAAAUUUGAACAUGUGACCUUGGAGCGAUGUGGUGGAGGCAUGACCAAUCGUACAUUGGAAGCACUGGGAUCUACACAUGGAGCAUCACUCAAAUCAUUGCGGAUUGCUUAUGAUGGGCAUAUGGACCAAGAAGGUUUAUUGGAUCUUGCAUCAAGUCUACAAGUUAUUGAAAAGCUCACUAUCAACCACACCAUGAUGGCAUUAACGGAUUCUGUAAUGAGUGCAUUGGGUGACAUUCCCUCACUUGCUGAACUUGAUAUCACGGACUCUGUCGCUGUCACUGAUCUUGGCGUACGCUCUCUCGUCGACAAGAACAAGCUGCGGUAUUUGUGUUUGGCUAGAUGCAUGCACGUAGGAUUUGGAACAAUCGAAUAUGCUAGGCAUGUGUUGGGUAGAAAUAGUGUUUUCGAUGGAUACAGUAUAUAA